AUGAAUUCUUUAGAUUUUUUGGUCUCUGCUUUUACAAACUUGAUAGGAAUCAAUGUAGGGAUUAUUACAUUAGUCUACACAUACGACUGGCCAUCAGCUACGACAACAACAUAUUGUAAGACUCGAAGUUAUGCAUACAAUGCAUCUCAACAAAUGUCUCGAUUUUUAAUUGUUGCCGCUUGUUUUGAUCGUUUUGCUCUAUGCUCAAAUAGUGUUCGUCUUCGAAAAAUUUGUCAAGUGCGCAUUGCAUGCCGAUAUAUUAUUCCAAGUAUUAUGCUUGUCUGGCUUCUUAUACCAUUACACGUACCCAUCCUUUUUACCAGUAUAGGAAAUACUUGUGUAUUUCCAGGUGCAGGAGCACUCUACAAUAGCAUCUAUAGUAUUGUCAUGGUUAGUCUCGUGCCACCUGGACUUAUGCUUAUUUUUUCUCUACUCAUAUUUCGUAAUCUUAAAAUAAGACAGAGACGACGACAACAAAUCCAUCCAUUACCGGCCAGCACUUCUGCUGCAAUAGGAAUCCGACAACAACAAGCAAAAGAUCAACAAGUCUUAGCAAUGUUAUUGAUUCAAGUGUUUGCCUAUGUGAGUUCAACAAUAUUCUAUACAGUCAAUUUAUUAUAUUCUACUUUGACAAUGAACGAUGCAGCAAACAAAUCGAUUGAACGCAAAAUAAUCGAAGGCUUUGCUACAUUUUGUGCUGGGAUACUUCUCGUUGGUUGUCCAUGUUUAUCAUUCUAUUCAUUUACAUUAGCUUCUCGUCUGUUUCGAAAAGAACUCAAAUUGAUGAUACUUCAUGCUUGUGGUAGAUGGUUGCAUUGCCCACAGAUGAUAAACAACAACAGAAUUAUUCCUACUGACAACAGUAAUUUGACACAUAAAGUCACCAACCGAUUUGAACAUAUGCAGCGGUCAAUUGCAGUACCACCACCACCACCUAUCUCUGCUGUUCACUAA